AUGGCCUUCUCAGAACUGCUUCAACAUACAGGAAAUUUUGGAAGAUUCCAAAUUACACUUGCCAUUUCCACCAUAUCAUUGAUGAUUCUUUUGCCCAAUCACAACCUUGUGGAAAACUUUUCGGGGGCCAUUCCUGCUCACCGUUGCUACACCCAUCUCCUUGACAACAUCACUUCUGAAAGCAAGCUUUCCAGGAACCUAACAGCUGAAGAACUCCUGAGAAUUUCUAUCCCGAUGGGUGCAAACAACAAACAGGAGCAAUGCCGUCGGUUCCGUCAAACCCAGUGGCAACUUUUAAACUCCAGCGACUUGGCCAUAAAUAACACUGAGCUGCAGACAGAGCCAUGUUUGGACGGUUGGAUCUAUGAUCGAAGCAUAUUUACCUCAACCAUUGUAACUGAGUGGGACUUAGUAUGUAAAUCACGGUCUCUCAAAUCAUGGUCACAGUCCAUUUAUCUCGCAGGAGCCAUGAUUGGAUCUCCUGUAGGUGGCUAUAUUGCUGACAAGUAA